GUGAGUACUACUAAUGCAGUGUACCUGAAAAUAGCAACAGCUAAGAGUUAUGAUGCAUAUAUGGCAGAUACAACAGAUAUACAGUAUGCUGUGUUUGAAAAUUCCAUCAUCACAACUCUGAAUGGAAUACUGAAUUUCACAGUGGUAGACAGAAUCCAGUUGUCAACAAUAUCGGCUUUGUCCACUGGAACAAAAUUACAUGUAACAGUCUUCCUGAAAACUUCGUCUGACCCAGAUUUUGUGACCCUGAUUGCCAUCAGGGUCAAUAAGAGAAUAGACACUGUAGGGUGUAUAACUCUUGUUGGUAGUUGUGUGCCUUUGUUAGAGAAUACAGUAAUAUUGGAUGGAACACAAGAAGUUCCAGUGGUAUGCAAGACCUGUUCAGAAAAUGCCACAUGUAUCACUAAUUCCCCAGGCUGGUGGAAUUGCUUCAUAAGUUCUAAUGUAAUUCCACCUACUACAACUGUUCCCACAACAACAACUGAAACAUCAACAGUUAGUGUCAAGUUCAGAACACCAACACUCCAAGGAUAA